CGCUACGAACAUCCUUCGUGGGCCCCCGAAACCCUCCGGCGCUGAGUUCCUGAGUCGAGUACAUGGGCGACGACCAGGGAAAGCCCUCCGCCGUGAUAAGAGACGGCGAGGUCUCCGGCGUGCUUCCGGAGGCCAGCGCCUUCUCUGUACACUACCCGGGAUACCCUUCCUCCACCGAGCGCGCCAUCGAGACCCUUGGUGGCCUCGCCGAGAUUGCUAAGGCGCGGAGCUCGGAAACUUCUAAUUUGGAGCUUCGCUUUCGCCCCGAGGACCCCUACUCUCACCCGACCUUCGGCGAGAUUCGUGCAUCGACGAGUCUGCUCCUCAGGAUCAGGAAGACUAGGGGCGAGGAACAAUCGCACUCCAGCGGGGCAGGAGAAGGCGGGCCCGUAGUGGAACCGACGGGAGAAGAGAGUCUUUCGGCAGAGAUUGUUUCACGGGUGAAUCGUGCUUAUACUUUUGAAGGAAUGAUAGAUUACCAGUAUGUUAUCGGCGUUCAUGCUGCUGAAGCAAGAGGAAAGAAGCGACCUUGGACGUCUGAUGAAGAACCAGAACUAGAACAGGAUGGUAUUGUUGACAUGGAUGGAACAGGUGUGAUGAUGUUAGUUCCACCACUAUUUUCACUGAAAGACAGGCCAGAAAAUAUAGUGCUUAACCCACCAGCAAAAUUGUUCUCCAAGAGCAUUCAAAAGGGAGUCAUGGAACAUAAGUGGGAGAUGUACAUUGAGCCCUGUCUUGCAAUCCCUUUUGAAAUAGAAAAAAUUCCUAAAUUGUUUAACUGGGAAGAUCACAUUUCAAAAGACACAAUUGAAUGGGAGUGCCAGUUUGCUGUAUCAAAUCUUUUCAAAGAGAAACCAAUAUGGCCUAGAUGGUCACUUUAUGAGCGCCUACGGCAUGAUGGCCAUCAGGUUUCUGCAAACCAUCUGAAAAGGCUUCUCUUUAGAGCUGGAUACUACUUCUCUACUGGACCAUUUGGACGUUUCUGGAUCAGAAAAGGAUAUGAUCCUCGCAUUGAUCCUGAGUCACGGAUAUUCCAGAAGGUUGAUUUUCGAGUGCCUCUGCAAUUAAGAUGUUCUGAGAUUACGAGUUCAAAAGCUGAGAUUGAACAUGCACCAAAUCCGACACAGAAAGAGCUUUGCCACUUUCAAGUAUGGCCUUCUAAGACUUUCACUUGCUUGCAACUCGCGGAACUAGAUGAUGACUAUAUUCAGCAAGAAAUAAGAAAGCCUACACAACAGAAAACAUGUACAGAUGAAUCAGGUUGGUUUUUAGGUUCAAUUCUAAGAAUCCUGAGAUUACAUGUGAGUCUCCAGUACCUGUCGGUAUGUCCAAAUAAAGCUGCAGCAGCGGAGUUGAUAAAUUAUACACGUGAACUUCUAGCAAAGUGCAAGACUGGACUUUCGAUCAGAAAAAAGAAGCCUAAAGUUGCAAAAGAGGAUCAACUUGUAGAGAAAGAUACCAAUUGCUUGGCUGAGGUGAGAUCUACCCCAUGUAAUGAUCAAGGGCAUGCAAAUCAGGAUGCUCUGGAGAAUAUUUAUACCGACAAUGAAGAGGAGGAAGAAUUCGAUGGAUAUGAAUCACCAACCCUGGCACGCGAAGGUGGCAUCUUCCCUGAUAAUGAUGAAAUGGGAGAGGAAGUACCAAAUGCUUACUUGGAGGAGCUCUUGCGGGGUUUUCCAUUUAACAAAAGAACUGAGUAUCAACAGCCCGACAAAGUCCUAGGUGCCGACGGCGGCAGCGAUGACGAAUACCAGAUAUUUGAACAAGACAGUGAUGACAAUGAAGAUCUAUUUGCUGACUAGGGGGUUUCUCUCUUCUUACAACACCACCGUGUAAUUACUUAGCUUCUCUUCUUUCAUUCAAAAACAAUCAUAUUGGUUUUUCUUUGUAUCACAUAUAAUGUUUAUUCUAAUCCAAAGCUGAAAUUAGAGACAAUCCUUA